AUGUCCAGUCCUGGAUCGUUCAAGCACCGCCCACUUACCGCCGCCUCUCUGAGUGCUGAAGAUCAUGGUCCAGGCACACUCUAUUUCGCCUAUGGUAGCAACUUAUCCCCAACUCAGAUGACAAUCCGGUGCACAAGUACGCCAGAACGAUCAGGACAGCCCAUUGCCAUCGCACGGCUACAUGGAUGGAAAUGGUUCAUUUGUGAGCGUGGAUGUGCUAAUGUCGCUUAUACUGGGAACGUAGGUAGACUCGAGGCUGAGGAUGGACCCAAAGUUGAUGCCAGCGGAGGCGAUGAAGUAUGGGGCGUUCUGUACAAUAUGAGCAUCGAGGACGAGGAGACGCUCGAUCGCUAUGAGCAUGUUGACUGGUCAGCACCUGAAGCUGAGCCGUCGAAGGAGUCUUCGAACGAGAUCAGCAGCGACGGCCGUGGUUUCCAAAGUCUGCUAGUCAUGGCGAGACCCAACGAGCAAGGCACUGGACAUCACAAUAAAGUCUAUGUGAACGCGGAGAUUGUGGAGUGGAAGAUUAAGGGAUGGAGGGACCAGCAGCAAGAUUUACGGUGGGCAAGGGUCCUAGUAUAUGUGGACGAAUACCGAAUAACAGAGGGCGCUAUCCGAGAGAACUAUAUCGGUCGAAUGAACAGAGGUAUCAAAGAAGCGGUCACUUUGGGCUUGAGCAAGGAAUGGGUUGAGAAGGUCGUACGUCCACAAGUUCCGGAUGGGAUUGAUGCCCUGGAGGGCUUCGUCGGCGUGAUAUGA